GUUAACUAUGUAAUUAGUGCAAUAUGAACGAAGACAUUUGGAUUGUAGCAGAAUGAGUGUUAUAUGUGGAUAAAAUGUUUAUUUUUGGUCGCCAUUUGCAAGACCUAUAAAGAGGCAAAGUCAGACCGAAAUAAAUAUGGCAACUGCAAAGCCAUCACAAGACCGGGUUCAUCUGUUUCGUCUCCAAACUCUUAUUAUAGAUGGAGGCACUACAGUCAUAAGGAACAUAAUUCAUCAGAAGAGCUCCAAUGUUCCGUUUAAUGUGUUUCUUAAUCAUGAGAGGACCUCAGUUAACACUCUGAAGAACAGGAACACAAUAACGCAGGCACAGUACAAUUUGCUAUAUCCACAAGGUGGCAAUCCUCCUUCUAUCACGGACAUUGACCUAACUCUUGCGACAUGCCUGCUGAGAAACCUGAAAAGUUUCGGGCUAAACACUAAAUAUAACUGGAGUGCAACACCACAGCAAGCUGACACUUCCGUUGAGGCAGAUUUAUGUCGUCUGAGAAAUACACGAAAUGAGAUAGCGCAUAUAGCGUCUACUACAGGAAUAGACCAGGCAACAUUCCAGAACAAGUGGAAUGAAGUCGAACAGGUACUUCUCAGACUUAAUACUUCAGUUCCAAAUCCAAUUCAUAAUCUUCAACAAGAGCUUGACGAGUAUAAAAACAGCCCCCUUGAUCCAGAGGCAGAGGAAAAAAUAAAAGAAGAAAUAGAAAACUUGCAAGAAAUGGAGAAAAACUUAGAACUGGAACUGCAGAUUGUCAAAAAAGAGUCUGAAGAUGUAAAGAGAAAAGUUGAAGUCGUUAAGGGAAAUGUUGAUGGUGUUAAGGGAAAAGUUGAAGAAGUUACCGCAAAUAUUGAACAAGUAAAGGGAAAUGUUGAGGAAGUUAGGGGACAUGUUGAAGAAGUUAAGGGAGAUGUUGAAGAAGUUAAGGGACAUGUUGAAGUAGUUAAAGAAAACGUUGAAGAGGUUAAGGAAGAUAUUGCAGCUGCACAUAGAAAGAUUGAUGAAAAAUUGAAACUGCGAGAGAAAGCAGAUGAACAAGAAAGUAUUGCAAGAGAAACGCUAGGCAUAUUCCAAAGUCUAUUCCCAGAACUACAGGCGGAACUUAUGCGCAAAAAAAAGGAAGACCUGACUGAAGAUUUGCUAGCUCUCUACAGACAACAGUAUCAUAUUCUCCCUCUUUCACCAUUGAUAGAAGAAAAAGACACGCCUCUACUUAAGUUUUACGUCAUGCCGGACAUGAAUUCAGUGGAGAUCCAGAGGUCGUUCGGAGGCGGCAACGAAAUUAAAUCAAAGAUCAACUCACUCCGCGAUGUGUUCUACAAGAAAAACAAAACGUGUCGUGAAAUUUACCUUACUGCAGAUGCUGGCUUUGGAAAAACUGCAUUUAGUAAGCGACUCGUGUUGACAUGGUGUCAAUCCAAAAAGCGUAUUAAAAGUGAUGAAAAAUUCUUUAAGGAGGAAGAUAUUCAGGCAAUGUCAGAGUUUGAGUUUGUGUUCUUGUUGUCAUUACGUGAUUGUUCUGAGGAAUGCGACAUUGAUAAGAUGAUAAUUGAACAAAUGAUUCCACGGCUAGCAAACACAUCUGUAUCUGUAAGCGACAUUGAAACUAUUCUUUCUAAAGGUAAAGGCUUGGUAAUUCUUGAUGGUUUAGACGAGUGGAUACACCCUGAGACCACCUGUAAGCAAGGACCAAGUGACAUUCCACACAGGAAAGCUAGGGAAUGUACAAUCCUCACAACAACUAGACCGUGGAAGUUGAGUGUUAUCAGUUUAAGUUCAAGUCAAAUAGAUCAAAAGUUGGAACUUGUCGGAUUUAACGACAAGUCUGCUGAAAAGUUAAAGAAAAAUGUGAUAUCACUUCUGACAGCUGACAAUGACGAAGAAAAACACAUUCAGAACUUUAACACCACUGUGAAACGUAAAGGCAUUUCUGAUUUGGAAGCUAUUCCGCUUCUACUGAUGUAUCUUCUGUGUUUAUGGUGUGAUGGAAUAGAUCUAGGAAGAUCUAAAUAUACGUUAUACUGUCAAAUUGUUGAACUGCUCCUGAAACGAACGUUCAAAAAAUAUACAGCCCAGCAGCAGUCGCGCGAACCGGUCCAAAGUGAUAUUCCACAAUACUUCAGUGAACAUAUACAUUGUAAGAAAAACUACACCCUUCUGCAAGCUUUAGGACAAUUAGCAUUUGAAACAUUAUUCAAUGAAAUACGUGAAAGCACGCUGGUAUUUAGUCAGUCAGUCACUAAAAUGUAUUUAAGCAAUGAUGAUUUGAAAUUAUGUCUUCUCUCAGGAAUAUUAACACAAAGUAAGGAAGUAAAAUUAACCAGUGAAAGUUAUAAUGUUUCGUUUUCACACAAAACUGUACAGGAAUAUUUCUGUGCACUGUACAUGUGCUGCCAAAAUGAAAAUGAUGUCAAAAAAUUAGUCAAACAAAAAUUUAGCAGUGUACAAAAUAUUCUUGAUAUGUCGAAAGUGUUUGUUUUCAUCAGCGGAAUGAAUGCAGAAAUCAUGUCUUCAAUAUCACGCGAAUUAAUGUCUGUAAUCAGUGAAGAUCAAAUAACGAGAACAUACAGAUCUAUGGCAUACUACGAUUACAGGUACGUUAAUCCUCUGAAAGACAUACAAAACAUGUACAUUUCUUGUUUGAAAGAAAACCCGGACAACACUUCUCUUUGUUUCCAGGAUUUUAUCAUCGACUAUGACUAUCAAAAAGAAAAACAGUUCUUGGAUUUAAAAUGGCUGACAAAACACAAUAAAAGUAAUAUGCAGUCAGUAUUAAUCUGGGCAGAUGUUCAUAGUUUACGUGAUCUUAUCGAUAAGUGUGAACUUGAUGACCUGCACAGUGUCAAGAAAAUCUAUUACGAAGGGGAAUGCAAGGAAGCGGAAAUCAUUCGGUUGUUGACAAACAAGUCGUUGGAAUGUGUAACUGUUGGAUCAGGUACAUGGCAAGGUAAUAACUUUAUACUCAAAUGUAGUUCUUGUUCCAGUGAACUGUCUAAAACAUUUCAGAAUAUUUCUCAGUUACGAGCAAUUAAUAUCGAUUGUUUCGAGAUGGAGCACGAUGUGCUGAAGGAGUUUCUGAAUUAUAUUAUAAACAGAAAAUCAAUGGCGGAGAUUAGACUGUACAACUUACACUGUGUCAUACACGAUAUUUCCUGCGGAGAAAUGAAUUUGGACUUUUCCCAGCAUUCAGAUCUAAGGACGUUAGCAUUGAACACUAUACCUGUGUCACAAUUAAAAGUGAAUGUAUCGUCGUUAGAGGUUUGUGAAGUAGGACUUUUAUCUAAACCCGGUCUGUUCACGUCAUUGCUGAGAGAGCUGCCAGCAGCCAGUAAACUACACACAUUUAGUUGCAGUGCUCUAGAAUCUUCCGGUGACAUUGAAACAUUGCUGCAGACAUUACCAUUUUUAGUUCAAGUGAAAGAUGUUAGGUUGUUAGGUAUCAACCUAGGUGAAAGGUCACUGUCUCUGUCACCGGAUAUGGUGAAUAUAGAAAUUGUUUACUUGUGUAAGGUAACAAUGUCUGAUUCAUCAUUACGCAAUCUAGUUAAAGUAGUAGAGAACCUUCCACACUCAGCGACAGUAAGAAUGGUAGAUUGUAAUAUAACACCGGAAACAGAAUUUGCAGACGUUAAAAAAGAUAUAAAAACAUUGGAGAAUUUCGUGGUCACGUUUGAUGGAAUCGAUCAGUACGACAACAAGUACGUGUUUGAGUUUCAAACAACUGAAGCUGGAAGUCGAGUACAUUAAGUUAACCUGUGAACUUGGACUGAUAGUGUAAAUAUUUCAUAAACAUAAUUCAUUGAAUAUAUGUAACAUAAAACAUAAGACAGUGACAUAUGGCAUAUGACAUGUAUGUACAGAGUUAAAAAUAGCCGCGCUUGCGAGUGAAAUAGACACGAAAAUCAAUUCUAAUUGUACAGAUUUAGGAAAAGGAGUUAAUUAAAAUGGAGCUAGUUGUGCAUAGAUGAAGAGGAUGGACGUUUUCAUAUCUAAAUGG